AUAUUAAUUCACGUUUUCUCCAUGUCUCUCUGAUCUGCAAUUACACAACAGCAACUACUCCGAAACGAAAUUACAGAAAAAAAAAAAAAGAUCGAGAAGGAGGGGAAAUUAAGUUUUGGAAGCAGGGUUUUCAUGGAUUCGGACAAGUUCGAAGAGGAUAACUGGAAGAACAUUCGUUUACAGGUGUUUGAUCUGCAGAAGCUGGAGGAAGCACGCGGCUCAAGCGACACCGUUUUCCAGCCCAAAAGCAGCAUCGAGAAAUGCGACAGCGGCGAAACCGCAGACGCGGACGCGGCCUCCGUCUCUUCCGCGACUGCGUUUCAGGCGACGACAACAGCAAUCCCGGCACCGGAGCAGAGGCUAACUCUGUUCGCUCUCCGGCUCGCCAUCCUCGAGAAGGCCGCGACGGGGCUCGGAACCCUAGGGUUCAUCUGGGCGACGGUGGUCCUGCUCGGCGGAUUCGCCAUCACCCUCGACAAGACCGAUUUCUGGUUCAUCACCAUCAUCCUCCUCAUCGAAGGAACCAGAAUCUUCAGCCGUAGCCACGAGCUCGAGUGGCAGGGCCAGGCCACCUGGACCAUCUCCGGCGCCGGAAUCAACAGCUUUCGCGCCCUCCGGUCUGGCUCUAUUUCGCUUCUAAGGAGCAUGAAACGAUUCAGCGAAGGGAUCCUGGAGAAGAUUCUGAAAAGGCGAUCGAGAGAAGCGGCGAGAGAUCGAGUGGUCCGACAAGGGAACUUCGAUCGUCGAACGACUCGGAUUCGGACAUGGAAGAGCUCAGACGUACCUCUUUUGCCGUACGCGAGAUGGUUCUUCCUCUCCAGCAACGUGAGUCGGCUUCUGUACUGGCUUCAGAUCCUGUCCGCUACGGCCUGUGUAGCUUUAUCCUCUUACAAGCUCGUCAGACACAACUAUGGCGACGUUCAGAAAGGGGACACGGACAAGAUGAACAGACAGUCCGCUCUCAACAUAUUCUACGCUCUCGCACUGGCCGAGGCGUUGCUAUUUCUGAACGAGAAAGCGUAUUGGGAAUGGCAGGUCAGUGUCUGCAACCUGCUUGAGGAAGUGAACAAAGAAUGCGAGUUGGGGGUUACAGGGAUGGUAUCGAUCAAAAGGUUCUUUUAUGAUGCAUAUUCUAAGUGUGUCAAUGGAAGCAUUUUCGAUGGAUUGAAGAUGGACAUGGUGAGCUUUGCGAUGGAGCUAUUGGGCUCGAGCUCCCAGGACGAACAGCUCAUCGGAGUGAGGAUUCUCAGACAGUCUGCGAUGAACCAGCAGUAUUCUGACGAUACACUUCAGAAGAUCGGGAUCAACUUAUCAGUCAUCGAAAGCAGGUUGGUAGAGAUGCUGAACUGGAAAGACCCGCAAGAAGAAGAGAUUAGGAGAUCGGCUGCUGAGAUACUUUCGAAACUCGCCGGAAAAAAGCAGAACUCUCUGAGAGUGGCUGGGAUCUCUGGUGCUAUGGAAUCUAUUUCUUCGCUGUUACAGAACACUAGAUCUUCAGGCGAUGGGCCUGACGUGAUUGGGGAGAAGAAGAUCUUCCACGACCAUCCUUUACACUACGAUUUCUGGAGAUUCAACGAUUUAGGCCUCUUGAUUCUGAAGAAACUAGCCAGAGACCAUGACAACUGUGGGAAAAUCGGAAACACGAGAGGGCUUCUCCCAAAGAUCAUCGAUUUCACUCAUGCGGACGAAACACUCUUGAGGGACGAGAAUGCUGACGACGAUUGCCGGUUGCAGGUUCUGACCUUGAAAAGAUCGCUUCAACUGGUGAAGAUGCUGGCCAGCACGACUGGAAACACGGGGAAAUGUCUCCGGAGAGAGAUAUCCGAGAUCGUCUUCACGAUCAGCAACAUGAGAGAUAUACUGCGUUACGGGAAGAGAUACCCAAAACUUCAGAAGCUCGCGAUAGAGAUCCUGAGCUUCCUUGCGUUGGAGAAGGAUGCAAGGGAGAAAAUUGGAGGGACGGGUGGGAUUUUGAAAGAGCUAUUCAACAUAUUUCUAAAAGGGGAAAUGCCUCGAGGUGAGAAGGAGGGGGGCCGGGUUAGGAUCGUGGCGGGAGAAGCCAUUGCAAUGCUGGUGUUGGAGAGCAGAAGCAACUGCAUUCGCGCUCUGAAGCUUGGUGUUUCUGCAAGAAUGGUGGAGGCACUUGAAGUUCCUCUGGUCCGUGUGAAUGCGGCCAGAGUGUUGAGGAACUUAUGCUUAUAUUCAGGAGAUGAAUGCUUUCACGAUCUUGAGUUCAUGAAAGCAGCAGCACCAAUGGUUUUGAAGUGGACGACAUCUGAAGAGAGCAAAUUACAGGAAGUGAUGGUAGGAUUAGCAGCACAAGUGUUCAGAUUCAUGGCCUCGGAAGAAUCGAAAGCUGUUUUCGCGGAUUCGGGAAUCGAAAGGGAGCAACUGGCGAGAACCAUGGUUUCGAUCCUGAAGAAGAACGACAAGCCGGCUAUCAAAGUUCCGAGGAUAAGGAGGUUUGCGAUAGAGUUGGCGAUAUGGAUGAUGGAAGAUGAUUCAGACAGCGUCGGCGUUUUCAAAGAACUGAGACUGGAGGAGGAGCUGGAGAAGGUUCUGGAAACUACGGCUGAGGUGGAGAACUUUGACGUUUUCUCAGGCACUGUCGGAAUGAGCCGCCAUAGCAGAACCGUGUUUUCUCUUGCAGAAUCCGCCAUGAAGAUCCUCCAAGAUGAUCAUCCCCCACAAUAACAAACGCCGUCUUUCAAUUCCAAUUACGAUUCAAAUCAUUCUUUUCUGUUUUGUGGGUGCGAGAAGAACAAUAAUAUAAUUACUCUGUAAAGUAAGAUAAUCUAUGCUUAUGCAUUCUUUGAUUUAUUGUCCA